AGCACCCAGAGCGUCUUCCGGCGGGCGCUGUGCCGCUCCUUACCAUGGGGACAAUUCAUCUCUUUCGAAAACCACAAAGAUCUUUUUUUGGCAAGUUAUUACAGGAAUUUGGACUUGUAGCAGCUGACCGAAGGUCUUGGAAGAUAUUGCUCUUUGGUGCAAUAAACUUAACAUGUACUGGCUUCCUGCUUAUGUGGUGCAGUUCCACUAACAGUAUCGCUUUAACUGCCUAUACUUACCUGACCAUUUUUGAUCUAUUUAGUUUAAUGACAUGUUUAAUAAGUUACUGGGUAAUGAUGAGGAAACCGAGCCCUGUCUAUUCAUUUGGAUUUGAAAGAUUAGAAGUCCUGGCUGUAUUUGCCUCCACGGUCUUGGCACAGUUGGGAGCUCUCUUUAUAUUAAAAGAAAGUGUAGAACGCUUUUUGGAGCAGCCCGAAAUACACACGGGAAGAUUAUUAGUUGGUACUUUUGUGGCUCUUUCUUUCAACCUAUUCACGAUGCUUUCUAUUCGGAAUAAACCUUUUGCUUAUGUUUCUGAAGCUGCUAGUACGAGUUGGCUUCAAGAGCAUGUUGCGGAUCUUAGUCGAAGCGUGUGUGGAAUUAUUCCAGGACUUAGCAGUAUCUUUCUUCCCCGAAUGAAUCCAUUUGUUUUGAUUGAUCUUGCUGGAGCAUUUGCUCUUUGUAUUACAUAUAUGCUAAUUGAAAUUAAUAAUUAUUUUGCUGUAGACACUGCCUCUGCCAUAGCAAUUGCUCUGAUGACGUUUGGCACUAUGUAUCCCAUGAGCGUGUACAGUGGGAAAGUAUUACUCCAGACAACACCACCUCAUGUUAUUGGUCAGUUGGACAAACUUAUCAGAGAGGUAUCUACCUUGGAUGGAGUUUUGGAAGUACGAAAUGAGCAUUUUUGGACCCUAGGUUUUGGCUCAUUGGCUGGAUCAGUGCAUGUAAGAAUUCGACGAGAUGCAAAUGAACAAAUGGUUCUUGCUCAUGUGACCAACAGGCUGUACACUCUAGUGUCUACUCUGACUGUUCAGAUUUUCAAAGAUGACUGGACAAGGCCUGCCUUAUCGUGUGGGCCUGUUGCAGCUAAUGUCCUAAAUUUCUCAGAUCAUCACAUAAUCCCAAUGCCUCCUUUAAAGGGCACUGAUGAGUCAAACCCUGCCACAUCAACUCCAACUAAACCCAGUAGUCCACCUCCAGAAUUUUUGUUUAACACCCCUGGAAAAAAUGUGAACCCAGUCAUUCUUCUAAACACACAAACAAGACCUUAUGGUUUGGGUCUUAAUCAUGGACACAUACAUUAUAGCAGCAUGGUUAAUCAAGGACUUGGAGUUCCAGGAAUUGGAGCAACCCAAGAAUUCAGGACUGGUUUUACAAAUAUACCAAGUAGAUAUGGAACUAACAAUAGAAUUGGACAACCAAGACCCUGACAUACUGUGACUUAAUUUAUUUUAUGAGGAAUAUUGACUCCUUGACUUCCAUUUUAUUUAGUAAUCCAACUUUGCAUUGACUGUUCAGUCAUUUAUUGGAAAUGUUAGAGAAUAGUAGGCUAGUUCACAUAUGAAACCAAUGAAACUAUAUAUUUUUUAAAUGUAUUUAGAACUGAGAACCUUCUAAAUGUUGUAGGCUUUAAAUAGACUUCCUUUAAAACGUGUAUUUCUCUAAAUUUGAAUUUUGCUAUCUUUGGUUUUGUAGUCGACUACAGUGUAAUAUGAGAUUACCUUUACAAGAGAACCAUUUGAUGGAGUGGAUCUGUCACAUAAUAUUUUCUUCAGUGAAAUUUAUAAACCUGCUUCUUGAAUAAUGAUACACAUUUUAGGAAAGGAUAAAAAUGUCCAUCUUUAAAUGCCCAUCUUUUAUAGCUUUUCCAAACUUAAUUGCUGCAUUUUUCUUUGAGGUCCUCCUGAAUUAUGUCUUGCAAAGUAAAAGAAAAUUUUUUUAUCAGAAAUUUUAAAACAUACUCUACCACCUAGUUUUUGUCAUUUAAACAUUUUGUAAAUAGUCCAUGGUUCUCAAAGUAUUUCAUUCUGGUUAAUG